UCUGUUUUCAACUAACCAUUAGUGGCUUUAAAUAUUUAGCUAGCUAAUGGUACGCAAAAGAAAACUAAACGAAUUCACUGAAUUCUCCAGAUACCAAAACGGUUUCUUGUUGACAAACGCACUAUGCAAGUCAUAUAAAAUCACAUGACAGAAACCGGAAACGUGUGGUAUUAUGGUUUUCUUGUCAAAUGGACUGCACCAAAGGGGAUCUAUUAUUUUGCCAAGAUGGUCGACUGAGCGCUCUACUAAUGGAAAUACAUUGCGGGAGGAGGCACGAUCAGUGCCUUGAAUGUCAGUUGAGUGGAGCAUGUUCGUCCAAGUCAGAAGCCCCUUGCCCAGGGGGACUCAUGGGACAACGGCAUUAAGGCCAUUAGCUAUUAGCAUGGAUAUCUGAUGAGCGCUGAGGGCUUUGUGCUGACCACCUCCUCCAUGGAAACUGGGGGUAUGAAGAGAGGAGUGGGAGGGAGGGAGGGGUGAGAGCCGAGUGCUUUUCCCUGUUCCUGCACUGCGGCCAGGGGGAGUAAAGCAACCCCACUCCCCCCUCUACUCACCCCACUCCACCCUCGAGCCCUCACACCACACACACCUACUCUGUUGAAAUAAACAUUCACACUUUGGCUGAAGAGCUGCACCGAGAGCUCCUUUUUAAUAAUGUAAUUAACAGCCUUGGAUGAAGGCGGAGGAGACAGAUGCUUACCUAUCCGCCAAUGGAACUGAAGAUUAGAGCUGUGAUCUCAUUCCCACCACUUGUUAAGAGUCUGUCAGGAAGAGGAAUGUCAACAUUAGAUAUGAUGAAAUAAGGAGAAAAUACAAAAAAGGAAAGAUGUGGAAGGAUGGACAGAGAGGACCUUGCCCUACUCUAAAGUGUCAGUUGCUUCAUGUUCAAUUUUUUUGAAUCAUAGCUGGUGGGGAAAAGAUUCCCCUUUCCCUUUAUUUCUCCCACAUUCUAACCAAAGGCAUUGCCUUCAUUGUUCUCUAUUUUACUAUAUGUCUUGCAAACAACUACAUUUUCAAACGACAAGAGAAAUUUGAGCACUGCCCGUGCUUUCUGCUGCUGUUCCUCUGAGCUUUCAAACAGCCGACAGACUGUGAAGAAUAAAUAAUAAAAAACUAUUGAUUAUUUUGAUGACUGCAAGAUUCAAUUAGGUAUUAAUUUUGCCCUCCAGUGGACCUAUCAAGUGACUCAAAGGAGAAGAGGUGGGAGGUGGGGGUGGGCCCAAAUGGAUGCAAAGAGCGAGUAAGGCCAGGCUCAGACAGAGGGGAAAAUGUGUUUACCUCACCGGGCAGAGAGGUGCAUUGAUGCGCAGAGUCCCAUAUUUAAGUGCUCCACAAAUGAAGCCCUGAUGACAAGAGACAUUGUUACCAGGAAUAUGAGUAUUGACCAGCUGACUCGCCUUUCGAUGACAUCUUAAACUAUUUCUAUUGAUUAACAUUUUCAUAGAUUAUCAUGUGUCAUAUCAAAGCCCCUCGGUUCCCCUGAUGAGCACAUUAAAAAGGACCCUCUGGACAGGAACACAUCGACCACCAUGGCAAGAGUGAAGGUAGUGGGGGACUGGCGCAUGGGCAAGGUUGACCCCCCUCUCCCUCUUUCCCUCGCGCCAUACAUGCUGGUCACCUGUCCCCAUCUCCAACCCAUUUAGACUGAAUGUUCUCAACCAUAAUUAAGGCAGAGUGAGAGGGACAGAGAGUUUUACCCCUCUCUGUUCCUGUUGUUCAUUGUGUGUCUCAGAGCGGGAGGGAGGUGUAACAGUCUGAGGAGACACGAGGGAGAGGAGACACAGGAGAGGCAGAGAGGGAGGAGAGAGAGUGGAGGUGACAUCUGCUUGUCUUGGGAGGCAACCUUAGGCUUGAUCCCGCAGUGGUUAUUCAGAUGCACCAAGAUCAAGGAAAAUGUUUCUGGUUUUGUAGCAAGCAUCGUGCACUAGCUGGUCUCUGCUCUGUGGCCACGAGCAUGUUUUAAUUGGUUUCUGUCAGGUUUUUUGGACAUUCAGAAGAUAAUUUCUACAAUAUUUUUUGGGCCAUUCAUUCACUGGAGCUUCAUUUAGCUCCCUCCAGGAUCCGAUGAUUACAGGGCAGUUGAGCAAGCCGCUGCUCUCCCUGCGCAGCGAGAUGAGCGCGGCAGAACUCCGGGCAGAGGACAAAGCGGCCACCCCAGACAGCAAGCUCAAUGACGAGCCCCUGCUCCUGUCCUCCGAGGCCACGGGCAGAGAGGACACUCCCAACAAGCUCUAUGGAGCCCGUGAUGGCUCUGUCCAGUCUGAUGCAAGCAGCAGCCCAUCAGAACAGUGUCAUCUGGGUCAAUCUCACCCAGCCUACCCGGUAGGACCACAGUGUAUUUCUCUUCAGUCUCUGCUGGUGGCCCAGCAGCUGGCCGGAGGGUCGCCAGGCCUGAACCAGCCCAUCCUCAUCCCCUUCAACACGGGCGGCCACCUGGGAGGCCAGCAGGGUCUUGUGCUUUCUCUGCCCACCGCCAACAUCCAGGGCCUGGUGGCUGCAGCAGCCGCACAGGGCAUCAUGACGCUUCCCCUACAGAACCUGCAAGCUACCUCAUCCCUGAACUCCCAGCUUCAGCACCUGCAGCAGCUCCAACAGAUACAACAGCACCACCAUCAGCAACAACAGCACCACCAUCAGCAACAUCAACAUCAACAUCAACACUCCCACAGCCACGCUCACAACCAGCUGUCAUCGCGGGGUCGCAUGACCCCGCCCAGCCUUCAGCAGUCCUCUGUCUCGGUCCCCUCCCCUGGCUCCGCCUCCUCCUCCACCACCUCCAUGACUGGCUCUGGCCAACCGCCACAGUCUUCGCCCCUCCGGCAAAACCAAUCGCCGGCCCGCAGCCUACCCUCGCCCGUCACCCCACCCAUGCCACUGCAGUUGAACCCUCUGGCCAGCCAGGCAGCGGUGGCGGCGGCGGCGGCGGCAGCUGCAGCAGCUAUGGGCUCCAUCGCCGGGUCCCAGGUCUUUGGCAACGCCCUCUCCAACCUGCAGGCUGGAGUCACGGGGCAGCUGGUCACCAAUGCACAAGGACAGAUAAUUGGAACGAUCCCACUGAUGCCCAACUCUGGCGGGCCCUCGAGCCAAUCAGGGGGCGGAAACCCUGCGCUGCAGGUCCAGCCAAUUACACCUCAGCUUCUGACCAACACCCAGGGCCAGAUCAUCGCCACGGUGAUCGGCAAUCAGAUCCUGCCUGUCAUCAACACCCAGGGAAUCACGCUGUCACCAAUCAAGCCUGGACAGCAGCUGCCUCAGGCUCAGCAGGUUCAGACAGGCCCAGUGUCGUCUCAGCCCAACCUACUCCACAUGCCCCACAGCCAGAGUCCUCUCCGCCAGGUCUCUUCCUCCUCCUCAUCGUCCUCUUCCUCCUCCGCUCUCAGUGUGGGUCAGCUAGUCAGCAACCCCCAGAUGGCACCCAGCGAGGUGGAUGGGGUCAACCUGGAGGAGAUUCGGGAGUUUGCCAAAGCAUUCAAGAUCCGUCGCUUGUCCCUUGGCCUGACCCAGACUCAGGUGGGACAGGCGCUCAGCGCGGCCGAGGGCCCAGCCUAUAGUCAGUCUGCCAUCUGCAGACACACCAUCCUGAGAAGCCACUUUUUCCUACCACAGGAAGCCCAAGAGAACCCUAUAGGUAGCAGUCUGACAGGCAAACUGAACCCUGGCCUUUUAUAUCCUGCCAGGUUUGAGAAGUUGGACAUCACCCCAAAAAGCGCCCAGAAGAUUAAGCCCGUUCUGGAGCGCUGGAUGGCCGAGGCCGAGGCCCGUCACCGGUCCGGCAUGCAGAACCUGACCGAGUUUAUCGGCAGCGAGCCCUCCAAAAAACGCAAGCGGAGAACCUCUUUCACCCCGCAAGCGCUGGAGAUCCUAAACAGCCACUUCGAGAAGAACACGCACCCCUCUGGACAAGAAAUGACAGAGAUAGCCGAGAAACUGAACUAUGACCGCGAGGUGGUCCGCGUCUGGUUCUGCAACAAGAGGCAAGCGUUGAAAAACACAAUAAAGCGGUUGAAACAGCCCGGUGACCUGGACCUGGACCUCGGCCCGACCGUGCCCAUGGACCCUCUCUCUGAUUCUCUGGAUGAGAUCCCAAAAUGAACGACCAAAACUAGAGAUAAAGAGAAAAGUCCUAACAACAUGGUGGAUCAUGACCCAAAGUGGGAAGAAGAAUGAAAGAACAUUCCACCCCUUUGAUAGUCAACAGAAAGGACAGUUAUGAAAGUUUGCAAACAAGAAUACGUGUUAUAAGUGUGAUUACCACAGUUAUUGACCUUGCCGAAAUCCCCAAAUAAAAAUAAAUAUGUUAAUAUUUGAUAGAAAAAAAAUCACAAACCUAGAGUGUGCUGUUUCAAAGAGUUCUAGUUCUGGCCUCAUAGAACAGAAUAUUGUCCAAAUUUGGGUUCCCAUUAAGGAGAUUUUAGUAAAGCAAUCAUGCCAAAAUCAAAGACAAAAACACUAACUACUUACCAAAGUCUGUUGCAUCGGAAUACUAAGAAUAAUUUUUUAAGUGUAAAAGUGUUCUAAAUUUUUACAUUUGUACUGGCAAGAACAUCUAAGAUAUAUGUGUGAGUUUGGCUUUACAUUUGAUCUUUGUCUCACUUAAUUUCAUUAUCUCCUGUGUUUAUAUAUAAAUAUCUACUCAAUUGAAACCACAAUGUCAAAUUUGUCAUGUAAAUGCAUUUUUUGCUGUUCAACAAUGGCAUAUUGUUUGUCUCAGAUUCUUUCUCAUCUGCAACUAUUUUCAGUCACAGUGUUAUUUUGUACAACUUUUACAAGUAUUUAUCGAUGAUUUUAUGAGAUAGUCUAUGUUUUGAGGAAGGGUAAUAAACUGAAGGCUGUCUAAACAAUGAGGGGGUACUCAGUACCUAACCAUAUAGGUUCUGUCUCUGUGCACCAACUCUAUUGUGGAUAUGUCUGAAGCUACUGUAUCUCAUUCUGUUGCCAAAGCCUGAUAGCCAAAGAACACAUUACUUCAGCUCAAGAACAUUGGGGUAUUUUACCUUGGCCAAUAACAUGUUUUAGUUAUUUUUAUGUGCCUAAGUUCCCUUUCUCUGGUUCUUUUUACUGUACAGUUUCUUUCAUACACUGAGCUCAACUAAGUUACACAAAGGCCAACAGAAUGCCAAAUAACAUUUUGAUUCCAAACGAGAACUCUUUGUUUGUUGACAACCCUUUGAUAUUGCAAUAUAGAACAUGUGUUUUACUGUGAGGACUUUUCUGCCCAUCCCUUUCUGAAGUGUGUGUCUAGUUUUUUAUAUUUGAAGAAUUGCUCCUGCAUGUUUGAGAUGAACCACUUAUAACAAAGUUGGACUUACAGAAAUCUGGAAACAAGACAACAAAACACAAAAGGCAGCCCAAGCUCCAAAUCCCUAAAUACAUGUAUAUUCUUCUGAGUACAUUGUCACUGAGAACAAAUUACACGUUAAUGGUUUUAGCAAUUAUUUUACAUGAUUUGACCUUUAGAGUAAAAUAUGCAUUACUUCCCUUUAGCAUUCAGUAACUCAUUAUAAUCUUAUCAAUCUGAACAUUUUCUCAUCCCUGAAUCUUUGUCUUCAGGGGUCAAAUAUGUUUUGUGAAAUGUCCUGCUGCGGUUUUCUGUUUCUCUUCUUUUAGUGAUUCUAUAGUGAAGCCUUGACAGACAGUAUAGCCUAAUUCAAAAAGUAUUUUGGAAAAAGUUGUGUGAAAUGCAAGACAACCAAGUAGCCCCUUCACAAGACAUAAUCCAUAUUCAUUUCAACCAACAAAUCAUAGGCUGUUAUUGCUGUGUAGCUGUUGGAUAUAAACAGGGUGUCGUCACAACAUGUAGCUCACCUCCUAUAGGUGUACUUCAAUAUUACCAGGACCCACAUGGAGGAUUUAAGGAAUCCAUAUUGUUACACCACUGAUGUGUUAAUAACCUAUAGGCCUACUGCCACUGUGUUGAACUAUAAAGAGUAUUGCAAACUGAUACAUACAUGUAAAACCACUUUUCAGAACUCUUAAAAUUACACAUUGAUAUGAAAUGAUCUAAUUUGAUUAAAGUAAAACACUUAGUCCCACUUUGCACUGUUGCUUGCCUAGCAGCAUAAAGUGCACUUGAUAACAUUUACAAACGCGUAAGGAAAUAGACAUUAGUUCAGGAUAGUAUACAUAAGGCUGAGGUCUGAGAGGCACUACAUAGGAACCCCCUUACGUGUUCAUUUACUCUUUAUUAUUUACUGUAGGCCUACCUUGAGCAAAGAUUGAAUACUUUUUUGCAGGAAGUAGUUUUAAACAGUGUAAUAUUGUAAGUCAGUAUUACUAAAUGGUGUUCAAUCAUAAUAUACUGUAAGUCAUAUGUGAUUUGAAUCAAUUUAAAGACUUUUAUGUGUCCCCUCUCUGUCUCUCACCCCACCUCAUCCCAACAUGUAAGACAAGUGAUUAUGCGGCUUCUGUAUAGUAUGGGCAUGUAGUACUGAGGCUAAACAAUGAAGCUGUAACCAAAAACAAAAAAACAAAGGACGGAGUUAAACCUUCACGCAACCUUUUGAUGCUGGACCAAAGCUCUAUAGUUAUAUGCACAUUGUACAGAGAAAUGGGUUAAUGUCGCCGACAAUCUUGAAAUACAAAGAGAAUCAAUGAGUAGAUAAGUAGUAGUUCUUUGAAAUUUGACGUUACCACUGUCCACGUACAUUGUGAGCAAUGCCAUGCAAAAACCAUAAUAGAAAAAAAGACAGAAAAAUGACCCCUGUAUGUUUGAAAGUAGUGUUCACAUCUCAUGGGGGGGGGGGGGUUGAACUGAGAUUCUGUAUGACACCCGUUUUACUUUUGCCAAGUGGUUUCCAGGGUCACAUGUAUAGGACUUACUAGACUUUGUUGUUACUUGUUUAGCUUUUUUUUCUCUCUGUGGCUAUGCUACAUACACUUCUCAGUUUCAGUCUCCAAGAUGUGGGGGCAAAGAAGGCUUUAUGAUUGUACCCAAUUCUGUAAAAAAUAAAGAUAAUCAUAAUUAAGAUAAAUGUUUUUAAAUUAUAUCCACACAGACUCAUACACCAACUGGUUUGAAAUGUUGUUAGAACUCAAGAAAGACCUCGAAACCAAAGCUGAUGAACCUGCAAAGGUUGCUUUUCAUUUUAUAGACUGAAAACUGUACUUAAUCUAUAGAGCAAUACCUGUUGGGUCAUUUAAGCGGCGCUUUGUGUAUUUCUAAAAAGCUUCAAGUCUGUCACAUUUAUUUGUACCAUAAUUAAUAAUAAACAAGUGUUAGACAUUAA